AGGAAAGAAGCCGAAGAGAGAAGGUGAGAGAGAGAGAGAGAGAGAGAUUUGAGAGCUUUUCAAAAUCCUAAAAGCCUUUGUUUCUUAUAUAAGAAGGGAAAAGCCAAACGGUUUCUUCACUUAGCUUCUGCUCUUUCAUUCUUUCCUUUUCAAAACACAUACACAAACACAAAAAAGCUCUCUCUUCUCCUCUCUUUAUUUCUCUCGAAUCAUAUAAAAGGAAGGAAAGAGAAGCUGAAGCUCUUCUAUAAUUUCUACUUGCUGUUUUCUGUUUUGGAGAGAUGAGUAAGGAGACUGUUGUUGUGAGAGAGUUCGAUGCGGAGAGAGAUUGCUCGCGUGUUGAGAUAGUGGAGAGGAUGUGUGAAGUGGGGCCCAGUGGGAAGAUGUCCCUCUAUACUGAUUUGAUGGGUGAUCCCAUUUGCAGAGUCCGCCACUCCCCAGCUUAUCUCAUGUUGGUAGCAGAGUCGAGGGCGGAGAAAGAGAUCGUGGGCCUAAUCAGGGGCUGCAUCAAGACCGUUACUUGCGGCAAUAAGCUCUCUAGGAACGGAAAGAACGGCUCCGAAAAUAACGUACAUCUUCCGAUAUACACCAAAGUAGCGUAUAUACUCGGCCUACGCGUCUCUCCAUCGCACCGACGAAUGGGAAUUGGGUUGAAGCUCGUUUCUCGAAUGGAGGACUGGUUUCGAGAAAAAGGAGCAGAGUAUUCCUACAUGGCAACAGAGAAAGACAACGAGGCUUCGUUAAAGCUGUUCAUAGACCGCUGCGGCUACUCCAAAUUCCGCUCCCCAUCCGUACUCGUCCAACCCGUUUUCGCCCACCGAGUCAGGCUUCCGAGCCGAGUCACAAUUUUCCGACUCUCUCCACACGAUGCAGAGAUCCUUUACCGUCGCCGCUUCUCAACCAUCGAGUUCUUCCCCAGGGACAUUGACUCAGUCCUCAACAACAAGCUCAACCUCGGCACCUUUCUCGCCGUGUCGGGUUACACUGAGUCGUGGCCGGGUCUGGACCGGUUCCUGUCCGACCCGCCCGAGUCGUGGGCGGUUCUGAGCAUCUGGAACAGUAAAGAGGUAUUCAGGCUCGAGGUGAGAGGCGCGUCGUUGGUGAGGAGAGGGUUUGCAAAGACGAGUCGACUCAUUGACAAGGCGCUGCCAUGGCUGCGGAUACCGUCCGUGCCGGAAGUGUUUCGGCCGUUCGGGUUGCAUUUGUUGUAUGGGUUGGGUGGGGAAGGACCCGACUCGGUGAGAUUGACUCGGGCCCUGUGUGGGUUUGCUCACAACCUGGCGAAGGAGAAAGGGUGUGGUGUGGUGGCGACUGAGGUGGCGAGCUGGGAGCCGCUCAGGUUAGGGAUACCCCACUGGAAGAGGCUAUCAUGCGCUGAGGAUCUCUGGUGCAUGAAACGGCUCGGGGAGGAUUAUAGUGAUGGGGCCGUUGGUGAUUGGACCAAGUCGCCUCCUGGACCGUCCAUUUUUGUCGACCCCAGAGAGUUUUAAAAAGAAAUAGGAUUUUUUUUUUUGGGGGGGGGGGGGUGGUUCUGGCAAGUCAGAAAUGUAGCAGGGGGGUGUUUGAAAAUACGGGUUUUAUUUCUCUCCUGUUUUUUUUUUUUUUGGUAACCGUUUCAUAUGUACAUAUAUAUGGUAAAGACACGAUCUGGAACGUCCCAUGUAAAUAUGGAUGUGACGCUUUGAAAUUUGGAUAUGAAGAGAACUUUGAUAC